AUGGAUACGUUUUACAACAACAUUGGUGGAGUUUACAAUCUACAAGGCGAACAUUCUCAAGCAUUGAAAUACUAUCAGGAAGCUCUCGAAAUCCAAUUAAAGACUUUGGGAUCGAACGAACUAAGUGUUGCAAACAACAUUGGUUUAGCUACCAAUCAUCAAGGCGAAUAUACUCAAGCAUUGAAAUAUUAUCAGCAAGCUCUAGAAAUCCAAUUAAAGACUUUGGGACCGCAUCAUCCAAGUGUUGCAAAAACCUACAACAACAUUGGUGGAGUUUACGAAAAUCAAGGCGAAUAUUCCAAAGCAUUGAAAUACUAUCAGCGAAGUCUUGAAAUUGAGUUGAAGACUCUGGGUCCGAACCAUCCAAGUGUUGCAACAACGUACAACAACAUUGGACUGAUUUACAAUAAUCAAGGCGAUUAUUCUCAGGCAUUGAAAUAUUAUGAGCAAGCUCGUGACAUUGAUUUGAAGACUUUGGGAUCGAACCAUCCAAGUGUUGCAACAACGUACAACAACAUUGCACUGAUUCACACAGAUCAAGGCAAAUAUUCUCAAGCAUUGAAAUAUUAUGAGAAAAUUGUUGAAAUCCAAUUAAAGACUUUGGGAUCGAACCAUCCAAGUGUUGCAACAACGUACUACAACAUCGGUGCUGCAAAACUUAACCAGCGAAGUAUCGCGUUACGUGGACAAACCGUUAGGAACUUAACUAGAAAAAUUUGA